UCUACCACGUGAUCUAUAACUUUCACCAGUGGCGCGGAAUAGUCUCAUGGUGUGGAAGUAGGUUGCUAGCUAGCAAGCUACCAACAAAUGGAUGCACAUGAUACGUGAAGAUUAUUGCAGUCACUCUGUAACUUUCCUUACUGACAGUUGUUUAAUCUUGUAACUUUAUAACUGCAAACCAUGAGUCCACUGAAACGACCUGCUGAUUCUUCCACCCUCGAAGUACGUUUCAUUGGAGAUGGCGAUGUGUUGAACCACAUAGUUGAAAAGCAUGAAGGUCAGAAGGCAGGACCGUCCUCAGUGCAAACUUUGGUGACCCUGAAAGGAUCCCAGAAGAAGCUCACUGAACUGGAUGAUGAAGAGGAAGAGGAUGAUGACUUUAAUCAGCAGGACUAUGUUGAUGCCCUAGGCACUUUGACCGAAGAGGGGGCUGAGAAUGGAGCGGCAGGCACAGCCGGCGCUAACGUCUUCUCUUUUCAAACACUCAAACGCAAGAACAAGAUGGCACAGCUGGCGUCUGAGUUGGCUCAGACGCCAGCGAAGAGUGUAAACUUCAGCGUGUCCGAGUCUCCGGAGAAGACCCCCGGCAAGCGGUCUAUCAAUCAAAACAAGACUCCGCAAAAGGGGAAGAAGGUGCAGUUUGUCUCAACUACUCCCCAUAGGUUGAGAAAGAGAUUAUCAGCUCCCAACCUGAAGUCAGAGAGCGACAGUGAUUACUCUGCAUCCAACUCCGAAGAUGACGAAGAGGGCAAGGAAGAGGAAGACACUGGAGGAGAGAAGAACGGCAUGGCUGAGGUCCAACCUAAAACUCCAAGCAAGGCUGUCCCAGCAGUUGCUGUUGCUGCCGCCGCUCUCUACAAGACCCCCGCUAAGAAGAGCAAGAAGGCACCAGAGCCUAAUCUGGUGGAAGAGUAUUUUGAGGCCCACAGCAGCUCCAAGGUCCUGACGUCAGACCGCACCCUUGAGAGACUUCAGACCCCUAAACUGGACCGGGACACACUGCUGAGGCUACUGGAUGGGAAGCCCUCCUGUUACAACACGGAAAUCGAGCAGCUUAACCAAGCCCACGACAAGCACUUCAGCAAGUGGAUGUUACAGUUACAACUGGGCUUUAACAUGUUGCUGUAUGGCCUCGGCUCGAAGAAGUUUCUGCUGGAGAAGUUCCGCACCUCCAUGUUGUCCGACUCAGUCCAUUUGGUGGUUAAUGGCUUCUUUCCCAGCAUCACCCUCAAAUCAAUCCUGAAUGCCAUCACCGGUGAAAUUCUUGAGCAUGAAGGCAGUUUCCGCACCCCAAUGGACCAGAUAGACUUCAUUGGGAAAACCUUGAGAGAGGACCCAGACACCCAGGUCUACCUGAUCAUCCACAACAUAGAUGGCCCCAUGCUGCGUGCUGAGAAGACCCAGCAGGCACUGGGGCAGCUGGCCUCCGUUCCCAACAUGCACCUGUUAGCCUCCAUAGACCACAUCAACGCCCCGCUCGUAUGGGACCAGUCUAAGAUGAGUCUGUUUAACUGGCUGUGGUACGAGACCACUACCUAUCUGCCCUACACCGAGGAGACGUCCUAUGAGAACUCACUGCUGGUGCAGCAGACCGGAGCUCUCGCCCUCAGCUCCCUCACACACGUGCUGCGCAGUCUCACGCCUAACGCCAGAGGGAUCUUCAGGCUGCUGGCCGAGUUUCAGCUGGAGAACAAAGACAACCCCUCAUACACAGGGUUGUCUUUCCAGGACUUCUAUCAGCGUUGUCGUGAGGCUUUCCUUGUGAAUAGUGACAUCACUCUCCGAACACAGCUGACUGAAUUCAGGGAUCACAAGCUCAUUCGCACCAAGAAGGGGCCUGAUGGUGUGGAGUACCUGCUUAUCCCCGUGGAUAUAGGAACUCUGACCGACUUCCUGGAGAAGGAUGAGGUGGACUGAGCGAUUGGACGGCUGUUUCCGAGACCUGAGCACUUAUGGGGGCACCCCCUUAUGGACUUGGUUGUGGUCAGACCAGGGCUAGCCAGGAAACUGGGUCAACAGAAAGCACCAUGGGAUGAGCCUACUCCUUACUUUCACAAAGAUGCUCUUUCCUUUUGCAAAGACACCGACUGCAGGACCGGUGUCACAACUUGAACAGUAACCAGCACUUGAGUUAAUAACGAACCUCCAUGCCAUCUGUCUGAGAUGAAUGAUACUGAAUGUUGUACUUUUACAAACCAUCAACGACAGCUGAUACUACAGCUUUUACUGCAUAUGAAUUAAUGGACGUUGUUGAACCAUGAACUGGGGGAAAGGGAAAAAAACGUAACUUUUGUACUUGUAUCAUUAAAACAAUCACUUUUGCAUCUCAAA